AUGCCACUUUUCCCAAACCCACUCCCCCUUCUUUUUGGUACCACCCCCUCCACACCCACAACAAUCCCCCUCUCCCCACGCUUCUCGCCAGUGCCACUCCUCUGCGCUGUGUCCCUCACCUCCCGCAUUGCCAUCACCCCGCCCUGUGCUGCUCUUGCCCUGCCCCAGCGCGCCUGCCUCUCCCUUCGCCUGCUGCCCCUCGCCCUCUCUGCCUCGCCCUCCCACCUCGCUGCUCUGCUCAGGGACGCAAUUAAUGGGAUCAUGGAGGAGAAGGAGAGUGAAACGGGGGAGGGAGGUGGGCAUGACGCUGGCACAGAUGACAACCGGAAUGCAGAGGGUUGUACAAGAGAAGCAGCUGAGAAGCUUCUGCUAUCACCAAGUGAAGAGGGAGAAAAGGCAGAAAAGGAGAGGGUGGGUGGAAUGAUGGAUGGGCGGCAGCAAGAAGGGCAGCAGAGGGGGGCGCAGGGGGGGCAGCAGGGGGGCCAGCAGAAGCGGGGGUUGUUUCACAGCAUGGGGCGCGCCAUUGGGUGGGUGCAGCAGCUGUUUGAGGACGAGGAGGAGGACAAGGCGAGCAGCAGUGCUGCCAUGGCAGCCACGGGGCACAGUGCGUUGUCAGUGAGAGUUGCUGCUGCAGCAGCAGCGGGUGGCGGCUUGGAGAGUGAUGAAAUAUGGGAGUGGGCCACGGGGUACGAGUCAGGUGUGCACUUUGACGUGGCAGCCACUGAUUGGUCUGUGGCUGCACUGGUAGAGGGCGCGAAGCUGUCCCUUAUGAGCAGUGUGGGCGGCGGCAUGGAUGGCAGUGGCGGCAGCAUGGAUGCGCAGAGGAAUGGCACAAGGCAGCCGCGCUGCCAAGCCUGGACGUGGGCCAGCCCAGCCUGCCAACCGAAGCUAGAAUGCAGGCUCGGGGCCAUGCUGGUGGAGGCGGAGGGGUGGGGCAGGGCUGUGCAGGCAGCGAGUGUGAAGGUGGGGGCCAUGGCUGUGGCUGUGGCUGUGGCAGUUCCAGGGAGCAGCGCUUCAUGUGCCUCUUUAGGGGCCAAUGCACAUGUUCCUUAUGGUUGUUUGGAUUCUGCAGCAGUAUUACCAGCAUCUCUCCGUCCUCUUCUCCGCCUGCACACGUGGCAGGAGGCAGGCGAGGCAGGGGCUGCAGCAGCAGCAGCAGCAGGGGGGCGAGGGGAGGGCGCGGUUGGGUCAUAUGGGAGCCUGCAGGCGCCGCUGCUGCACUCCCUUGCGCCCCUGGGGGCCGUGCUGCCUGCUCACCCUGCUGCAGUAGCACGGGAGAUCAGCGUGCGGGUGCAGGCAGGGUGGGAAGGGGAGGGGCAGCAGGGGGUGGCGGGGAUCAUGGAGGAGGGAAGACAGGCUGCCGAGCCGCUGGGGCUCACUGCUGACGUCAGCCUCUCCCUGCACGUGGUGCUUGUGAUAGUCUCCUACUGGCCAGGCAUGUGCAGAACAGUGCUGGGGUGGUGGCAAGACGUGCAGAUAUGCGUUGGUGCUGCGAUAUUUUUAUCGAACUUCUGA